AAUGUUUGACUCUGACUGUCUGUCAAAGCUCCACCUACAACUCAUCAGACACCAACCAGAAAACACACGGUCGCUCCUCCUCUAGGAAGUGAAACACACUGAGAGAGGGAAAACUUAGAACAAAACUUCUCCUGAGGGAGGAAAGCGACAGCAGGACAUAUAACUGCAACUUUAACCUGGCUGCUGGUGCGUUCAAGGACCAGGAAGUACGGAGAGGCACUAACAGGAGGAGCUGAGACUUCCUGGUUAGCAUUCUGCCCGGGCUGUUUUUAGCCUCACUCUGAGACAAAAUGUCUUUCAGAUCCGAGGAGGAUCUCACCUGUCCGGUCUGUCAGGACGUCUUCAGAGAUCCCGUCGUUGUGUCCUGCAGUCACAGCUUCUGUAAAGACUGUCUGCAGAACUGGUGGAGAGAGAAACUGACACAGGAAUGUCCAGUUUGUAAGAGAAGGUCAUCGAGGACUGAACCGCCCUGUAAUCUGGCGUUGAAAAACCUGUGCGAGUGCUUUUUACUGGAGAGAGAACAAAGAGCUUCAGAGGGGUCAGAGGCCCUGUGCAGUCUGCACUCUGAGAAACUCAAACUCUUCUGUCUGGACCACCAGCAGCCCGUGUGUCUGAUCUGUCGAGAUUCAAAAACACACACGGACCACAGAUUUAGACCAAUACAUGAACUGGCUUUAGAUCACAAAAAAGAGAUGCAGAAAUCUUUAAAACCUUUACAGGAUGAACUGAAAAUCUUUGAAAAAGUUAAAGGAAACUGUGACCAAACAGCAGAUCAUAUUAAAGUCCAGGCCAGAAACACAGAGAGGCGGAUCAAGGAGCAGUUUAAGAAGCUUCACCAGUUUCUAAAAGAAGAAGAGGAGGUCAGGAUCUCUGCUCUGAGGGAGGAAGAGAAACAGAAGAGUCAGAGGAUGAAGGAGAAGAUCGAGGCUCUGAACAGAGAGAUAGCAGCUCUGUCAGACACAAUCAGAGCCACAGAGGACGAGCUCAGAGCUGAUGACGUCUCAUUCCUGAAAAACUACAAGGCUGCAGUGAACAGAGUCCAGCAGCGCCCCCUGCCGGAUGAUCCACAGCAGGUCUCAGGAGCUUUAAUAGACGAGGCCAAACACCUGGGCAACCUGAGCUUCAACAUCUGGAACAAGAUGAAGGAGAUGGUCUCUUACAGUUCUGUGAUUCUGGAUCCAAACACAGCAAACCCAGAGUUCAUCCUGUCUGAAGAUCUGACCAGCGUGAGUCACGGAGAGAGACAGAAGCUUCCAGAUAAUCCAGAGAGGAAUGAUUACCAUCGCUCCGUCUGGGGCUCUGAGGGCUUCACCUCGGGGACUCACAGCUGGGACUUUGAGGUUGGAGAUAGUGCAGCGUGGUUCGUUGGUUUGGCAGCGGAGUCUGUCCAAUACAAGGGACGAUUAAAAUCGGGAUUCUGGCAAAUAGAGUUCUUCGGCGGUAAAUACAGCGCGCGCUCGCUCGGAGCUCCGACCACCGUACUCAGAGUGAAGAAGAAACUGCAGAAAAUCAGAGUUCACCUGGACUGGAACAGAGGCAAAGUGAUUUUCUUUGAUCCUGAUGCAAACACACUCAUACACACGUUCACACAAACCUUCACUGACAGACUGUUUCCGUGCAUCGGCACCUUAGACGAGCUCCCGUUAAAGAUAUCACAACGCAGGAUCUCCAUAACAGCAGAAUAGCUCCGAUAUAUGAUGAUUAUGAGGAUACUGCAGGGGUGUGUUCUCUCUGUGGUUUAAAGCAUUUAAAGAUGUCAGCUUGCAAUAUUUUCUACUGAGCAUUAUAUUUGUGUCGUCAGCUAUUUGGUGCUAAACUGUAUUGUAUUGUUUUUAAAGCACUUCAACAUUACAUUUCAAUCAGUAGAGACUUAAUUAAGAGUGAACAAUUAUUUAUUUAACCUCAACAAUAGCCUCUUAAAGUGCAGAACUUGAGUCUUUAACAGAUUGCACAGAAUGUCAGUCAGUUGUUGCUGCACCAUUUGACCACAUGGUGGCGCAACAAGCCGCCUUGUGUCAUUCCUAAAAGCCUUCAACGUUGACACCUCAGGGAUCAUCAAGAUGCACUGUAUCAUCUUGCAGAGUGUAUCAUAGUAAUCUUUUGUGUUUUUUGUGACUUUAUGACGUUAUAAACAGAAUUUUACUUUGUC